AUGGCGGAGGACAGGGCGGCGCGGGGGCGCGUGGCAGCAGACGAGGCACUGGCGCGUGAGAUCGCGCGGCAGGAGGAGGAUCAGGCAUAUAGGGCGCGAGAGGAGCGGGUGGUCGCGACCAGUCGGGAUGCGGAGUUGGCAAUGGAGCUGGUCGCCAGGGAAGCUCAGGAGAAGGGGGUGGAUCGGGCAGUGGCGCUGGCGGCGCAGAAGCCGGGGGAGAAGGAGAGCGGGCCACAGGGAGAGCAGGCGGAGGUGGUUGAAGGAAAAGGGAAGCAAAAGGCAGAAGGGGAGAGCGACUUGCAGGCGGAUCUGGAACGGGGGCUAGCAUGGGAACGCAAGCUGGGCGCGGGCCAAUGGAGGGGGGCACGCCAGGUCGCGGCGGUUACGCUGCAGGCAGCGGGAAAAAGUGAGAACGGACAGCUGGUGGAGGAUGCCCACGCCCAUACCAGGGCAAUGGCGUGUUUUGCAGAAGGGCGACCCAAGCCAGAGGACAUGGACUCAGCGGGGCUGCGCGUCCACACGGCAACCGGGAGGAUCGAGGCGCUCAAGGGGGGCCUCACACGACAGCCGGUUCCCAUCGUGUUGAACGCGGGAACGCCAGAUGAGCUCACCCUGUAUGAGCGUCUGGCGAUCACUGACUCCACCGGGUACGACCUCUUGCUGGGUACCCGAGCUGCCUACCCUUGCGGGUUGUCGGUGAACAGGUGGCAGGAGAGGGCGGUUUACAGGGUGGACUGGGCUGGGGCGGGUCAAAGAGUCGGUGCCCUGCCGAUGCAGCUGCACCAAAAGCGCCCAGCGGCAGGAAACAGGGGUAGCGCGCAGGGCCCAGCCGGGGCGGCCCUGGCGUGCUGCCUCACUAAGUGA